CCCAAUAGCCAUCAGAUCACUUAUCUCCUCAUAGUCAUCAGAUCACUUGUUUGGAAUAGUUUCCUGAAAUUGUUUCUGCCUUUGCUUGGAUUUGUAGCAGUUGUUGUGUAUAUAUCCAUAUUUUUCAUUUGCAGGAUGUCUAAGGAGCAACAUCGUCAUCUGUUUCACCACAAGAAAGAGGAGGUGAGCGCAGAGUAUGGUGGUGAAGCUAUGUAUGAAAAGGCGAGAAAGGAGGAAAAACACCACAAGCAUUUGCAGCAUGUUGCCGAACUAGGCGCUGUGGCCGCUGGAGGAUUUGCACUGUAUGAGAAGCACCAAGCAAAGAAAGAUCCAGAGAAUGCACACAGGCACAAGAUAAAGGAGGAGAUUGCUGCAGCUGCUGCUGUGGGGAGUGGUGGAUUUGCAUUCCAUGAACACCAUGAGAAGAAGAGAGACAAGAAAGAAGCUGGUGGCAAGAAGCAUCACCAUCUCUUUUAACAAUAAGUCUAUUACAGAAAUAGAAAUAGAUUAUGUUUGUUUAAGUAUAGGAGUACCUUGGGAUUCUGUAUUCAGGCAUUAGGCUAUUUUGAAGAUGAUUCAUAUAGUGAGUAUAGACUUUGUAAGCCAUUUACAGACAGUGGGAACCAGUCUUGGAAUUUAGAAUUCCCCACCAAAAACAUUGACAGUUGAAAAUGUUUAGUACUUGUAUUUCAUAUUUUAUUUAUUCAUGUUAAAAUUUAGUGCAUCAAAUCAAAUAUAUGUAUUUUUUAA